AUGGCGACCAGAUGGCAUUUCGCUGGGGAUGAUGCGCUUCCGUAUGCUUUUGGUGCUAUCGGAGAAGAGGUUAAGGCGGCGCGAGGAGAUUUCAACUUCAGUGACAAUUAUGGCGCAAGUAGCGUCUUCGAGAAUUCACCGACCAGUAGCGAUGACACGGAUAGCUUACGCAAACUGGUCGAAGGCUCCAAGCCCUUGAAUAAGGAGAGUCCGCGAGCUGCACUGUACCAGGCACAAUUCAAGACUAACGAGCCAUCCGCCGACGACAUCGAAUUGCAGAAAGAGGAAGCUGCGGUGGCAACCCUUUUGGAAGCAGUCGCCGGAUUCAAUAUGGACGGCUAUGACUAUCCUUGUGAUGAAUCCUCUGUUGACUCCACUAUACCUACAAUGGAACAUAGCCCUAUCCAGGCCCCGGGGUACCCUGACUCCGAGGAUUCCGACUCUCCCACUCCGCAUAGUCGCCCAAUCCGCCUGGCAGACAUCGAGUUCCCCACACCGCAGCGCCAACCAGUCAGCCUGGCGGAAUACAAACGAUCACCUCCAGGCGCCGCAACUCGUCAUGUGAGCCACAGCGUAUCGCACCUUGGAUACCCAUUUCUGCCGUCCCCCGUCCAGGAGGACCCACGUGGUCAGUCGGCAGAGCUGACCGCUGAACCUGACCAUACCAACGACAAAAUCGUCCAUUCUCAAGAUCCGGUAUACUGGUUCAACCAUGAGGCCCUUUCCAGUCUCGAACCACGAGAUCUGUUAAGCAUACUUUAUGCCGCUACCUCUGGUGCUACCUCUGGUGCUACCUCUGGUGCUACCUCGAGCAACAGCUCGCGCUCCGAUCAGAAGACGUACUUGGAGCUUUUCAACGACGUCAAUGACAAGAUCGAGUUGAUUUGUCGCAGUUAUGUUUCCAUCAACGCACCUGGCGAUCCCGAGGAGCGCCGCAAGUUCAAACACCUUGCAUCUUCGCACGUCAACUACAAGGGGGUUGCCCAAUACAUCAUGCAGACCGCACACCUGCAGUCAGCCUUUGUCGUCGGCCUGAUUUGGCGCUUGGUUUUUGACUCCAUAUUUGACACUCCGGUGCUUGAUCAAGCCCCAUCGCCGUACGCCCAAGCUUUUCUCAAGGCUUGGAUCGAAGACUUCCACGGUGACCCCACCCGUUCUCAGAUGGAAUGGGCUGAAUACAAACGUCCCCGCAUGGAAGCUCGCACUGCAGCCGCCCGCAAUGUGAUUGAGCAGACGCAUGGAUUCACCGAGUGGGUCGAGUACUUUGCUGCAACCAAGACUAUGGCCAUUGUCGAUCAACUCGCCUUCGCCUGGCGCCAGGGCACCAAGAAAACGGUCUCGGUCGAACUCUGCGUGCCUAUCCUCAAGCUGGUUCGCAUUGCCAUCCGAAUGCGCUCGGAGCUUAGACAUUUCGGCUUUACGUUCCUACAGUAUGGGCUCAAAGCCCGAAGCGAUAUCUAUGUCCAGCACAGCGAAUACGGCAGCGAGGCACCACCACCUCCAUCGGACGAUGAGAACCAACACGUCGUCUUCACCAAAGUCCCAGGCAUCUACGAGAGAGACUUUGGCGAAGUGCGCCUUGCGCAGACCGACCUGUACAAGCUCGAAGUCGUGGUUCGCAAGAAUUGGCCGGGCAAGGGACACAUGCACAAGAAGUUCACCGGUGCACUCGUCAACUCGCACCCGGAAGGCCUUCGCCGCUAA